AUGUCGUGGCCGGUGUCUGCGCCGCAAAGCGUCAAACUGCUGGCGCCCGACGACGAGUGCAUAGCCAUUGAGGCGUCGCGAUCCGGCUUUUUCCUCAUAGCCCUCACCCACUCCUCCAUCUACAUCUACCAGCUCAACCCACUGUUUCCAGUGGCGGUCCACUCCCGCAGCGCAUCGAGCCUGGACACGUACGGCGUCAACCGCAAGAUCAUCACCAAACGCGACGGCUCCCACGUGGGCGUCAUCACGUCCGGCGGCCACGUGAUUCUCUACUCGCUGUCGAUUCUUCCGCAUCUGGAGCCAGGCAACAUCACCUUUGAAAGCAGCGGUACCAAGCCCGUGCUGUACCCGGGACCCGGAGAGAGCGUGGGCGUGCAGGGCGUCCGGAUUGAGGUCCGAACAAGCAUCCGGGUCGACUCGUUCUGCGAGAAUGCCGUUGUUCUGGAGGACGAAAUCGUACUCUUCACAAGAGACCCCCCAGCAGUGCAGAUGCUGCCACUGGACUCAUUACAACCGACCAGUGUGGUGCUCCGCAAGCUGCCAUGGCUGCGGGACGACAAUGGAAAGGUCGAUUACCCCGUUCACAUUGACUACUCGCGUCCCAUGGACAUGUACUGCUGGGUGGGAGAGUCUGGACGGGGCUACGUGGUAGUCUCCAAAGAGAACAGAGAUGACGACGACGACGGAAGAGAGUGUGAUGUGACUCCGAAAGAUACAUCGCCAAACGGCAACGAACCUACUAAUGAGCCGGAGGUUGAUGAACCCGACGCUGCAACUUCUGACCCCACCAACAUUGAACUGAAACCACUGACUGUGACAACCACACCCAAACCGACAAGCCCACCAAUAACGGGAUACUGUUUCCACAAAUCAAAGAUCAAGGCAACGAUAAGCGCCGUCAACUCGCGCUUCUCGGUCAUCGCUCUCGGCGCCACUGACGGAUCCAUUGUUCUCUACACAGUUCGAGACUACCAAGGAAAUUGUCUUCGAGUCACAAGAAUGGUCCACCCAGACACACCGGCUGGCAUCACGUGUCUCACAUGGAACCCUGAGGGAACCUGUCUUUUUGCAGGCUACGAAAACGGAUGGAGUCUGUUCUCGGUGUAUGGAAUGCUUCUGUCGCACUCCUUCCAGGGCUUAGAUACAGAUGACGAGAAGGAAGUGUGGCUACGAGGUAUCAAAUCGGCAGCCUGGUCCGGUGCUGGAGAUGGUUUAUUUCUUGUGCCACUCAUUUCAACCCCCGAAACGCCCCAGCUUUACUGCUUGGAUAUGGCUAAGUUUUCUCUGUUUGAAAACUUUACCCAGGACAAUCUCAAGGGACCGGUGUUGUUCCGAAACAACAAACUGGCCAUUUAUAGAGGCCACCACCAACCCGGGUUUGCUGCCAUCUCACGUGACUCGAUCCUGUGGCAGUUCAUUUGCAUGCCUGCGUCCUACACGGCCUCAAACUGGCCCAUUCGCAUGAUUGCUUGCUGCAGUCGCCACGAGUACUUUGCUGUGGCCGGAGCACGAGGCCUGUGUCAUUAUUCCAUCAAUUCUGGACGUUGGAAAAUGUUUGCCGAGGAGUACAUGGACAAUGAAUUUGUUGUCAAGGGAGGAAUGAUCUGGUACAAGCACUUUUUGAUCUGCGGCGUGUACAGUUUUACCACGGGAGGGUAUGAGAUCCGAGUCUACUCCCGUGAUCUCGACUUGCAUGCUUCCAAGGUGGUUCUAGUACAAGAAGUGCCUACUCAGAUAAUCCAUAUGAGUGUUGCAGGUGCCUUCCUGUACGUCUACACCCUUGACAACUGUCUCUAUGAGUUCACUAUCAAGGCCACAGGUGUCAAUGGACUUGUACUUAUGUUUCAGAAGAUGUUGUCGUUCACAGAGAUCAUUAAAUCUCCCAACAGGGUGCGUGCAAUCACCAAAUACUCCAAGGACGAGUUUCUGGUGCUGGUGGACGGUACUUUGGUACUGUUCAGUCCGUCGGAGAUCAGCUCUGACUCGUCACAGGCAGUUGGCUUUUCGAAGCGUACUCUGCAUCACCAUAUUGAGUACUUUCUGGUCGAAUCCUCUUCUUCUGAACCUCAAUUUGAAAACACAAUCUGGGCCUUUGACGGCAGCAACGUCUUGUUAUGGCUCAAUCCUCAUGAAAUUGAACCGUGCAAGAUUGAUGUGGAGAACUACCCGUUAAUGCCCCUUGUUUCCAAGGGCAUCAUGCUCGGUAUUUACUCGGAUCUACUCUCUACACGGUCUUGUUCGUUCCCCAUUUUUCGCUUUGCGUUUGGAACAGACAUCUUCCUCUCUGAUCUUCUCAACUUUCUCAUCAGCCGAGGCGACUACACCAAGGCUGUUGAGCUAGCUGGACAGUACAGACAGCUGGACUACUUCAACCACUGUCUGGAGAUUCUGCUGCAUACUAACGUGGUUAAUGGAGAUGGUAAGAAGGACGGCAAGGGUAAGGCUGCGGAGUCCACUGAGACAUCUACAGACUUGAUUGUCAAGCUGUGCAGGUCAUUCCCCGGAUACCUGGAUAUCUUUGCCAAUUGCGCGCGGAAAAUGGAGGCGUCGUAUUGGCCCACAUUGUUCAACUCGACAGGGUCUCCUCGGUCUCUUUUCCAGCAGAGUAUGGAGCAGGGACGACUCCAGACGGCCUCUAAGUAUCUUCCCAUUUUGCAUUCCGAGGAAGAUGAGGAGGCGUUUUCGGAUACCAUAGACCUGAUGCAACAGGCCAAGGAGCAAGGGGAAUGGGGAUUAUGUGGAAGUCUGUGUGACUUUUUGGUAGGAAUUGAUCCUACAAACAAAUCUCUUAAUCGAGUUUUGGACAAGGUCCAACUAUAA